AGUUUGUUUUUAUCUUGGACUUAAUAAAAGACGACGAUGUAUUUAAGACAAGUUCCAGCUCAUCACAGCUUCCGAUCGGGUUGCAGCUCAAAAUUGUACUUUAUCGAUUAGGAUCUUUUGGCGAUGGAGUUUCCAUUCGAAAAGCAGCUACGCUCUUCAGUGUGGGGGAUGGAGGCACCAUUCAAAAAGUGACAAAACGUGUUUUUAAAGCUAUAUUAAAUAUAAAGAAAAGAUUUUUAUUCUGGCCUAAUGCAAGGGAAAGAUGGGGAAUUGUGUCAGAAACUAGGGAAGAAAUUCCGGGAUGUGUAGGAUACAUCGAUGGCUCGGAAAUUAAAUUAUCUGAAGCGCCAGUAACGAAUCAUGAACUGUUCUUUUCACGCAAACGGCAAUACGCCCUUAAGGUACAAGCAGUGUGCGAUUACAAAUUGCGGAUAAGACAAAUAACAAUAGGUUACCCGGGCAGUGUCCAUGACGCAAACAUUUUUCAUAGCUCUCCACUAGCAAAACAUCCGGAACGCUUCUUGUCACCACCUCAGUGGCUCGCUGGAGACAGCGCUUACCCAGUUAAACCUUUUUUGUUAACACCUUUUAGGCAAAAUAGCAUCGAACAUACCAAGGAGGAUAGAGAUCUUUACAACAAACACUUUUCCAAAUAUCGGGUCCGUAUUGAAAAUUGCUUCGGUAUUUUGAAGGAAAAAUUCAGCAGUCUAAAGGAACUUAAAUUUAGAAUGCUGAAUAAUAAAAAUAAGGCGGAAUGCAACGACUGGAUUAUGGUUUGCUGCAUUUUGCAUAACGUUUUGAUAAACAUACAUGACGAAAAUAGCAGUGAAAUAUUAACGCCAGAUAUUAACUUACCACCAGAAUGCAACACAAGAACUAGUUUACUUAAUUUUAUACAAAACCAAAUCCACUUUUGAAGUUUUCAUGGAAAUCGCGAAUUUCACAUGAACAAAUAUUCCCAAAAUUUAUAAAGCAAAAUAAAAACAAUUUUUCCCAAUUUGUUUUUGUUUUGCACGUUAUGGAAACAAUUUAUUCACAUGGAAUUGACGAUAGAGCUUAAUAUCUCAUACUAGGCGUCAGCGUGCGUUGUAACACCUUGGUACUUAAGUCGUUAUCUUAGCAGUUUCAGUCGCAAUCUUCUCAAAAAUACUUCUUAAUGAAAUUCCUUUUUUUUAUUAUUUUAUUUAUUUAUUUAUUUGAUACCCACAGUCUAAUAACGAUUAAAUAUACUUAUCUAAUUCAUCAAAUUAACUUAAAUAUUUUAAGAUGUCUAUAUAUAUAGCUUAUUAAGUGUUAUUUUCGGUUCAUAUCAAUAUAGAAAACAGAAAUAUUGGGCACAGUGAAUUUUUCGCAAUUAUGCAAAGUUUUUUAUUCUAAUAAAUUAGAAGUUUGUUUUUAUCUUGGACUUAAUAAAAGACGAC